AAUAAAAAGACUUGUCAUAAAGAAAUGUGAUUAAAACUUCGUCACUUACAGAUAAUCUUUUAAAACCAUUCUGAAAGCACCGUAGGUUUGCAUUUGUUACCUUCCACAGUCCGGCCCAGAACCUCAUUUAAGGCAGUACGUCUGACUACUGCUUGCUUAAUAUUCAUAAAAAUCAGACAACAUAAAAUAAUGUUAAUCAUACUUCUGUUUCUUGAUGAUGAGGCUUGCCCUUUAAAUAAAGGCUGGAUGUUAGUGUGUGGGAGAGAGAGAGAGAGAGAGAUGUGUAGAAAGUGAAAGUCAGCUAUCCGCUCAGGAAUUUGACUGGAUGUUUUGAAGUUGCUAGGACGGAUUCAGACAGGAUAGUAUCCGCCUGUGGAAUAUUGCGGACCCAGCAACUCAGAGUUACGUUCGGCCAGCACUCCUGAAGGGACAAAAACAAAAGUAAUCUGGGGAGAUGGGCAUGGAGGACAUUUGAAUAGCCAAGGCGGGAGGUGACAAAGGCGUAGACGAGGGUUUCGGCUGCAUUCGGUGUGAGGUAUGGACGGAGUAAAGUGAUUCUUUUCGUCUGAAUGAGGAAGCAAGGCUACUUCCCACUAUGAUGGCAAGUUCCACAUCAGAUGCAGUGCUUCAGACAAGUUAUGAAAUCGUUCGGCUGCAGUAAGCUUGUGUUUACGUUAGAGAAUGUGAAUUGUGCAGAGGGAAGGCUGGAAUGGGACUGAAAUCACCACCAUGUCAUCAUCCAGUGAGGCUGGCAGGGACAUCGCAGACUGGCUGACCGGUAUUCAUCUGGAGCAGUACACAAUUCAUUUCAAAGAGUCUGGCUACUGCACAGUAGGGGCCUGUGAGCACGUAAACAAUGAGACUCUUCUUGAACUCGGGAUUGCUCCGACCGGACACCGUAAGAGAAUACUUAGACAACUGUUCUGUGAGUUUCCACCAAUGCAAGACGAGGCAGUGGGAUCCCAAGCUCUUGAUAAACAGGAGAACAAAGGCAAUAAGCGAGACAGCGACAAUCAGGGUGUUGCUUUACGCAGUCCACCUGCAAUAGAAGAGAUUGAAAAAAGCACUCCUGUGUCAAAGCCGAGAAGGAUUUAUGCUAAAAGUGGUUUAACUUCAGAUCGCCCCGACCCAGCGCACUCUGAUGGAUGUGUCAUCUCAAAAAGGAACACAUUUCAGCCUCCUCAAGUGGCGCAGGUUGAAGGACAGCAGAAAUGUUCACAUGGCAAAGGCCUAAAACUGCAUAUUCCUGAGCCCGAGGAUUCCUCUUUCAGUUCAUGCGAACAACAGGGCGACGUGAAGAAGGAUAAUCCAGCCGAUGGUCGCCCACCACUUCCACCGCGGGUGAAUCAGGGCACUCCCCCUCUCCCAUUCACUGGGGAUAAGGCACAGUUGCCUUCUGCUUCUGCUGAUUCUUCAGAUUGCACUUCUACAAAAGAGACUUCAGUGGAAGCCGAUCAAACACCAACCUCUCCUUUCUUUGAAUUCAGAGGAGAAAUGAGAGCGAAUGCUUUGUAUGAUGGAAUACAGAUUGUUCCAGACCAGACUCUUAUGGGAACUUCGAGGGAAUCUGAUCUGAGGAACAGGCCCCCUGCAGAGCUUCCCAGCCUAUGUGCGGCACAGGCUGUACCGCUCUGUGCUGCAGACAACAGUUCCUUACUGAAAAGAAGAAACUUCAAUCUAUCAAAUGUUUCCAAGACUUGUGAUGUUCCAAAAAUUCCAUUAUCAUAUGAUGAUGAAAAUAGGCCAUCUCCUAUCAGUCCAUAUGGGGAAACAUUCCUGUACCAACAUCCAGAAGACAGUGAGGAUUUGAACAAAGUUGCUCUGUACAUUACUGAAACAUCGACCAGAGCGAAGAAUGAAGAAAUGGGGACAAACAUUGACUCCAGGAACCAUGAUCAGACCAAAUUGUGUGCCGAUCAUGAUAAGCAGAAAUCUUCACACUUGGGUGGUUGUUCGACAAAGAAGGACUCCAAGACUGAACAUUCUACAGUGGAUAACAGUGUCUGGAAGCUUAGAUCUGAAUAUACUACAACAGCUGAAGUCUAUGAGAGCGUGCAAGCAACAAGUACCAGCAAUUUUGCAUAUAGCGAAGGUCACCCAAUGCAAUUUGACUUGGGAAGACGAUCCCUAAACAGUGAUUCAGAUAUUCACAGUGACGUAGAAAUAUCACCCUACGCUUGCUUCUAUGGUGCAGCAAAGAGUACAAAAGAAGGCUGGCUGGAUAAGCUUUCACCACAAGGGAAUUGUAUGUUCCAGAAGCGCUGGGUUAAGUUUGAUGGUGACAAUUUGGCCUACUACAACAAUGAGAAGGAAAUGUAUUCAAAAGGAAUAAUUCCAGCCUCUUCAAUAAUUACGGUCCGUGGAAUAGGAGACAGCAAAUUUGAGGUGUUGACCUCUAACAGAACUUUUACUUUUAGAGUCGAGAAAGAAGGUGAGAGAGAUGACUGGAUUAACAAGCUUUUGAAUGCAGUAAAAUCUCAGAGCAACACGUUUCCACAUCUGGGCAGCCGGUCCAAUGUCUCAUUUGAGAAAUCUGGCUAUCUUGAGCUAAAAGGCUACAAAGCACGAAUUUUUAUUGCAUUGAAAGGUGUAAAAGUGUGGAUUUACAAAAAUGAGCAGGAUUUUAAAAGUGGAGUCGGUAUAACUACGGUCGACACAAAUGUGGCUACAGUCAAAGACGUGGAUCGUAAAGGUUUUGAAUUAUCCACUCCAUUCCGAAACUUUAGCUUCACAGCGGAAUCUGAAAGAGAGAAACAAGAUUGGAUUGAAACUUUAGAAGGAUCCAUAGCAGAAAGCCUCUCAGAUUAUGAAGUGGCAGAAAAGAUUUGGUUCAACGAGUCGAACAGAAGCUGCGCAGACUGCCGUUCACUGGACCCUGAAUGGGCAUCCAUCAAUCUUUGCGUUGUCAUCUGCAAAAAAUGUGCAGGUCAGCACCGAUCAUUGGGAUCAAAUAUAUCUAAGGUUCGAAGUUUGAAAUUGGAUAUUAGUAUCUGGAGUAAUGAACUUGUGGAGCUUUUCAUAGUGGUGGGAAAUAAGAAUGCCAAUAGUUUUUGGACAGCAAACCUGAAAGCAGAGGAAGAGCUGGAUAUGGAUGCACUACCAGACCGUCGCCUCGAAUUCAUCACUCAGAAAUACAAAGAGAGAAAAUUUCGAAAAAUUCCUUUAACUUUUCUGACUCAGGAAGAACUGAACAAGAGCUUAUGUCAAGCAGUGGUGAAACAGGAUGUCUUAGAGACCAUGUCACUGGUUUUCAGCGGAGCAGAUGCUAUGUGUGCAACAGGAGAUGCGACUCACUGUACCCCCUAUCUCUUAGCCCAGAAAGCUGGUCAGCGGUUGCAGAUGGAAUUUCUUUUUCACAAUAAACUCUCAGUUAUUCCAAAGAUUGACUCACCAUCCGAAGCUGCCGUUCAUUCUCAGACCUCUUGCUCCACCUUCCUUUGUGGUUUCUUAUACAAGGCCAUUAACACUACAAAAACAGUAAGCGAGAAGAGACUGAAGGAAGAAUUCAAUAAACGAUGGUGCACCCUGGAAGGUGGAUUUCUCAGUUAUUAUGAAAGUGACAAGUCGGCCACUCCCAACGGAAGGAUUGAUAUCAGCGAAGUUGUCUGCUUAGGAGUGAACAAGCCUGACCUCACGUGGGGUACUGGGGUUAGUUAUACAUUUGAGAUGUAUUUGCUGUCAGAAUGUCUCUUUUCCUUCGGAACUGAUAGUGCUGAAACUCUAAAAGACUGGACACGGGCAAUAUGCAAGUGUUUUAUUCCUGCUGUGGUAGAAAACCUGUUAAAGAAAGAUUACGAGUUGAUUGGUCGGCUCUACUACAAAGAUGUGCAUAAUUUGGAACGCUGGAGUGCAGGCUGGUUUACUUUAGAGAAAUCGAAACUCUGCUUCUGCCCUGAGCAGGAUGGUGCUGAAGAGGAUUCUGUGUAUUUAAAGAGACUGCAGGAACUUACUGUCACCACGCAGCUUGAACACAAUGAGAAGAAAGACGUCUUACUGCUGGUAGAAAAAGGAAGAACUUUGUACAUGCAUGGCCAUACAAAGUUGGAUUUUACAGUCUGGCACAUGGCCAUCAAAAAGGCAGCGGGCACAGAUGGCAAUGCACUGCGAGACCAGCAGCUCAGCAAAAAUGACAUUCCCAUCAUUGUGGACAGCUGUAUAGCAUUUGUUACACAGUAUGGCCUCAAUUGUGAAGGAAUGUAUCGGAAAAAUGGCACACCAUCACGGGUUAGCCAGCUACUGGAUCAGUUUAGAAAAGAUGCCAGAAAUGUAAAGCUGAGAGCCGGAGAACAUCAGCUCGGCGAUGUGGCUGAUGUACUGAAGCGAUUCCUGUUUGAAAUGGAUGACGCACUGCUCACCAAGGAAUUGUAUCCAUACUGGUUGUCUGCAUUGGAUGUGCAAGAUGAAAAGGAACGAUUGGAAAAGUAUCGGAUGUUAAUACAAACUUUACCGCGUGUUAACAGGGUCACUCUUGCAGCUCUGAUUGGUCACCUUUACAGGGUACAGAAAUGUUCAGAAAUGAAUCAAAUGAGCACACAGAGCUUGUCCCAGGUGCUUUCGUCAUAUUUAUUCCAAACGGAGGGUCAAAAUAAACAGGAGGAAAAUGUCACAGAGGAUCUUAUCAAUCUUUAUGUUCGGCUCUUUGAUGUUAAUGAAGACCAGGUCAAACAGAUGGAUAUAGAAAACAGCUAUAUAAUGACGUGGAAAGAUACACAGAUUCCACAGACUGUGGACCUUAUUAUUGAGGUGUACCUAGAGAAGAAGGAGCCUGAUUCCAGCUACAUGUUGAGGGUAUCUCCGACUAUGACAGCAGAGGAAUUAACCCAUUCUGUAUUGGAAAUGAAGAACGUUAUCAGUGACAAGAAGGAUGUUUGGGUUACGUUUGAAGUAAUCGAGAAUGGAGACCUUGAGAGGCCAUUGCACCACAAAGAGAAUGUUCUGGAUCAGGUCCUCCAGUGGAGUUUACUAUCGGAACCUGAAUCCGCUUACUUAAUUGUAAAACAGUUUCAAGCUGCAAAGGCAAUCAAAACGUAUCUAGCAAAGAACAUGAAAGAACCUGGAAAAGCUGGAAAUCUAAAGUGGAGGGAAGAGCCAUCAAAAUUGCUAUCUGGAAAUAAAUUUCAAGACCGCUAUUGUGUCCUAAAAGAUGAAAAGCUGCUCCUGUACAAGGAUAUGAAAAGCAACAAACCAGAGAGAGAAGUGCUCAUCAAAUCCUUAAAGUUUUACCUUGGCCUGAAAAGGAGACUGAAGUCUCCAUGUAGCCUGGGCUUUACUCUUUAUGCAGAAAAACAACAAUGGUAUUUGUGCUGUGAUAAAGAAGAAACUUAUACAGGAUGGCUGGCCAGUUUGCUGAUCGCGCAGCAUGAAGGUGACCUUUGGCCGGCACUUGGAAAGAUCCCAAUUACCUCUUUGAUGUUAAAUGCAAAACUUUGCAGCAAGAGUUUAACACCAAUCCAAAAAAAGGCUGAAACAAGAAAAACAGAACGACCACAGGACUAUGGGAAGUUGAAGCUAAACCAUGUACUUCGCCAGACAUUUCGCGAGGAUACACUAGGAAGAUCAUCUCACAUGGCUGCCUGCCUAGAAUCAUCAGCUGUUUCCCCUGCCACUGGACAGCAGCCAACCAGGCUUGCUUUAUACGCAGGUCAAACAGAUUUCUUGCAUAGCAGCGCAAAGUCAAAACAUGGGAGAGCACCACCAGUUCGAGGUCGACCAGAAGUCAUCUCUAAUAAAACAGUUUUGGAGGCUGACCCAAGACUGCAUUCAAAACUCAUGCAGGAGUUAAACUCGGUGUUUCUAAAAAAAAAAAUCACUGGUGAAGAAUGAAUAAUCACUAUUAAUAUUAAUCCAAUGUUACUUAUUUUAAAAAAAAAUUUUCAUGUGAAUUUUUGUUCUAGGAAAUU